GACCACCACCGACGAGCCGGAUAUGUCCACAACAACCACUACAACCACCACCACCGCCACAACAACAACAACAACUACUACUACUACUACUACUACUACUACUACUACUACUACUACUACUACUACCACAACCAACACAACUACGCCAACCACUUCAACUGGACUGGAUGA